AUGGCUUAUUUUAACAAGAAAAAGAUAAUUAUAUGCGUAUUAGCAGUAUUCAUAGUAUGUCUGGGCAUGUAUAUGAUGUAUAGCAGAAAUUUACAGAAAAUAAUAGCCGAAAAAACAAGCAAGGAGGAAAUGGCAUAUAUACGCGUGCAAAGUAAUGUGCUGGGCGCAGAUGAAAAGGCUUUCAGUGAGAAAGAGGGAAAAGAUGUAGAAGAAUAUGUAAAUUUAAACAAAACAGCAGCCUCUGCAAGAAGUAUAAUAGACACAGAAGAUAUAGAUGAAAAAACAGAAAAUAGCACUUUUGCACUAGAGUCAAAAGAGAAAGAAGAAAAAGACAACAAAAGUAAAAAGAUACCAGAUGAAAUAGACGCACCGGAAAAUACGGUCUCUGAAGCCAAAGAUACAUCUUAUAUAAAAGCUAAAGAAAGCCACAAUAAUUUAGUGUUAGAAGAGAUGGUGAGAAAUCUAAAUAAAAAGAUGGUAGAUUUGGCUUUUGAAAGGAGCGCAUUAGGAAUGCAAAAUCUAAAAAAAACAAUACAUAGAUUAAAUGCAUUCGAAUUUAGAUAUAAUCAAGCUAGUGAUGAAAUAGUGAAAACUAGUAGCAAGUAUACUGAAUAUGAGGCUGCAUAUAAUUUAAUCGUCAAAGAAGCAGAUGUUCUAGAUAAGGAAAUUAAAACUUUCGAGAGUGAAUUCUGCAAUAUAGAAAUACCAAAUGCUAAAUGUGUUGUGUAUAAUGAAUGUGUAGAACAAGUUAAAAAUCUCACAGUAGAGAUAAAUGGCUUAGAUAAAUUGAUUUAUAACAAACUUUAUUUAUUCACAAAAGCUUUAGAAAAAAAGAGAAAAUUAGAAAUGGAAUAUAUAUUAUCAAGAGAAGCCUAUAUGGAAUAUUAUUCGAAUGAAAUAGAAAAAGAAGAAGUGUUAUUUGAACUCUUAAAAGGGCUAUUAGAAAAAACUAAAAAAUUAAAUGCCCAAGCAAGGGCGUUGCUUUUAGUAAGGAAAAAAGAGCGCACCCAUGAAAAAGAUUUCGCUAAAAAGCAUAAGUUAUCGGGUUAUAUCAAAAUAUAUAAAAAGUGGCAUAUGCUUAUAAAGGAUAAUAUUCGGGUUAUAACCCAAAUGAUUAAACUAAGCGAAAAUAGUAUAUCCAUGAAAAUAAAACAGAAAGACCUGUAUGAAGCGUUUAUUAAAGCAGAAAAUAGAUAUAUACAGAAGAGGACAGUGGUGGAAACAAAAAAUGACCUUGCAGCUAUCCUGUCAAAAGAAUAUAAACGAAUGUGCAACAAAUAG